AUGCCCUCCCUCUUUGAGCGUAUUAGCAAGAACUUGGUCAGAGAGCUUGGAGACAAAGACCUGAGGCCCAUGAGAUGCCUGUCAAAUGCCAACCAAUUCCGUCAGCUGGCAAUAUUACAGAAGAGGAAGAAGCGCUCACCCUUCUGGGAACAACCUGACAUUCCAGCCGAAUACACCCUCAUGGACCUCCUGGAGCCAAGUUCUUCAGUUCCCGAAACUGCUGUCAUGGGACCGUUUCUCUUCAGUGACACUGUGGUCCAGCAGGGACAGGUUUCUGCCAACGUGACCACUGGGCUAGAAAUGAAUGUGUCAGGGAAAGCUACUGUGUUCCAUGGAUCCUCCCUUCAGUUUCAGGCUGUUACCAUCCCACCCCAUAACUGGAAAGACCUUCAAAAGAGGAAAGUGCAAGAUCCAGAGCUGCUAUUUCUGGUGAAGUGCCGGGACAGACAGGAUAAUCUCUAUGUGGUGACAGACACCGUGGAACUGACCGACACUACUGUGCUUUGUGACAACAGAAGUGUGAAUGUUUGGGGAAGCUGCUUUCUCCCUUUUGAUACUUUCUUCAAGGGUCGAGGCCAGGGAGAGGGUCUAAAAGUGAGAGAGAAGACACUGAUUCUGCCACAGGGCACAGUGAUGGCCUACAAGAGGAAGCAGCUGGUUUUUAAGGAGAAUGAUAUUCUCAUCUCAGAUGACGACAAGGAGAAGACCUUUCCAGAAGAGAAACUGCGCAUGCAGUCGAAAUCACUUCCAAGCACCAUCAACAGUGGUUUCAUCCCUCCAAGAGGUGAAUAUGUGUUUGCUGGAGGAAGAACACAGGAACCUUUUAGGCAAGAUUUCAAGCAACUACAUGAAGAGAUUUUCCAGGAAGUGGAGGCCCUGGACGAGCUCUCAAAGGACACUCAGGAUGCCAUAUUCCAUAAUAUCCUGAACACGCUUGGGAACCGAAAGGCUUUGCUGGAACUUAUGGACAGGCUGGAUGGGGACCCCUUUGAUCCUUUGGAUGGCUUUGGUGGCGAAAUCCUAAAUGAGACACAAGAAGACACAAGAAAUCUAUGGAUCCAGGGAAGAUCCUCCAUCAUUUACCUCCUCGAAGCCAUAAUAGUGCUGAGUGAUACCCAACACAAUCUGCUGGCCCAGUCCAUGAAGAAGAGGAUCCUCCUCCAGCAGCAGGAGCUGGUAAGGAGCAUCCUGGAGCCCAACUUCAAAUACCCUUGGAACAUCCCCUUCACCCUCAAACCUGAGCUCCUUGCCCCACUCCAGGGUGAAGGUCUGGCCAUCACCUAUGGCCUGCUGCAGGAGUGUGGCCUGAAUAUAGAGCUGAAUAGUCCCAGGUCAACCUGGGAUCUGGAAGUCAAGCAGCCCCUGUCUGCCCUGUAUGCGACCCUUUCCAUGCUGCAGCAGCUAGCAGGCAGUCAGAGAGGCCAGGCCCUACCAGUCUAUACUGGAAGUGUCCCUGAGCUGAACCAGAGCCAGUCCAUCCAGAUCGAGGAGAUGGUGGCAGGAGCCGUGACAGGGGCCAUGAAUGUGAGCAUCGGGCUGCCGGUGCAGGUGACAGGGAGCAGUGGGGUGACCCACAGCUCCACACUGACUGUACACACCCUCAGGGUUUCCCCUCACACCUGGGAAACUGGUGGAGAAGAGUUUCUCUCCUCUUUCUGUCACCCCCAAGUGACCUUAAACAAGCAGUCCCGAAGUCCAGGCCAGUCGUACCUGGGAAGGCCUGGCCCCCCGGAGCCCUGGCAGCGGCUCUCCCCAGCUCUGCUCUUCUCCUGUCCCACCCCUACACACCCUUGCAGGAAACUGAGGACCCCAAAGCCCUCGUUCCUCAAGGAGUUGCAACACCGGAAGGAGAAGGAGGGCCUGUAUGUGGUGACAGAGGCCGUGGAGACUACACAGGACACCAUGCUUCAGAGCCUCAACGAUGCCAAGGGAUCAGGACAGCUGGCCUUCCUUGGGCCAGGCCACUUAAAGGUGGGUGCAGGGUGUGCCCCAGGGGUGCCAAUUCGGGUGUGCUGGGGAUGCGGGCAGCCACCAAAAAGCUCCCCCUCCACCCUGACUCCUGUCAGAUGGCUGCCUCACUAA